AUGGCCAACCCACAGGAAGAAGUUUACAAACAAUAUUUGAAUUAUGAUUGGGACUCAUUCGAUGAGUUCCAACAGGGGUUAUCUGAAAUCUUGGAUAACCAUUUAGAAACUUUGAAAGAACAAGACCCAAGCAUAACUAGUAUACCUGCCUUGGACAAGCAGCAAUUAACCAAUCAAGCCAAGGUGUUCUUUUUCUGUAACAAGACAGGAGAAAUUUUAAAUUUGGAAGAUUAUGAAGAUUGGAAGUUACAUAAUGGAGAUAAAUACAUCAAGAGCAAACAAGUGGAGGAGGUACAAGAAGACAGUAGUGCGCCAUAUACUUCCAAUUAUCAAAAUGUGGUGGAAUUGAUCAUGUCAGGAAAACCAGUUCCUGGAAUUAAACAAAUUCCUGAUACGGUGUUAUCCGGACAAGGAUCAACUGCUAGUCAAUCACAAAGAGCCAAGCCAUGGGAGAAAAACUAA